UUGGUCCUUCUGACUCGCCGUAGUUGUAGCCGCUGCUCUGUAGAGGAGGGAGUUUUGUUUUUGUUUUGUUUGGACCAGAGGAACGUUAAUGCUUUGUCUUACAUUCAGAAAUGGCUCAAAACGUCCAGAACGUGACCCUGUCUCUGACAUUACCCAUAUCUUGUCAGAUUUGCCUCGGAAAGGUCCGUAAGCCGAUGAUCUGCUGUAACCACCAUGUGUUCUGCGCAGCCUGCAUCGAGCUUUGGCUUCAGAAGUGCAGUCAGUGUCCCACCUGCAGAGUUCCCAUCACACCUGAAAACCCGUGCCGAGAAAUCAUCGGAGCUACGAACGAGAGCGAGUCCAGGGAAAGCCUUCCGGUCAGGAAGCAUCUGAGGAAGACGCGAGGGGAAUUACUGCUGCGAGAAUACGAGGAUGAACUGGAGACUCUGCUGAAGGAGAAUGAAGAGCUGAAGAGCAGAAGCGUGAGUCUGGAGUCACAGCUGAAGGCCUCACUGAAGCCCGCUGCCACCCUGAGCUCUCCUAGCGACACCCCGCCUGGCUCCGCCCUCCUGGAGGAAACGGCCAAUAAGCUGCGAGCUGCCACUGAGCUCUAUCAGAGAGUGCAGGAGGACGUGGACAAGCUGAGAGACGCUAACAAGACUCUGCGCUCCCAGAACGUCGACCUCGUCCAGGAAAACCUGCGCCUGAGAGCCGAGGUGGAGAGCAGAUCUCCUCAGAAGUUUGGCAGGUACACCGUAGCAGCGUUGGAGGCGAAGAUCUCACAGUACGAGCGAGAGAUGACGCAGCUGAAGAAGGCUCUGGAGCGAAGCGAUGCUUAUAUCGAGGAGCUGGAGUCCCAAGUGUCGAACCUCCAGAGUGGGGCUCCAUCACAGAGCACGUCCUCUGAGCAGAGGCAGGACGGAGCUGUAGACGGUAGGAGCUCAAGCCGGGACGAUACGUCUGUAGAUCCUUCACACGAUCAUGGUUUCCUGCAUAUUCCUCCCUCUGAUGAAGCUUCAGGUUCUCACAAGGACCCUAUGGUGAACUUUGCCAUGCCCUCAACUCCGCCAACUCCCUCCUCAGCACUUGGCCGUUUAAGUCUGAAAAGCCCUGUGGUGCGGCGUGAGAAAGAGCCCGGCUGUAACCGCCUCCCCUAUCUGAGGAGGCUCAACUUUGAUGACUGUGGCAGCUCGAGCAGCUUCACAGGAUUUCCCUCAGUGGAACACACUUCUCCUAAAGUCAGCAACAGUCUAUUAGAGCCGAAAACCUCAGUAAAUUCGGCCAGUCCGAGUGUGUGGAGCAGGUGGGAGGAGCCUUGUUCCAGUACUUUCCACGAGCAGAACGUCAGCGAGGGCGUCUCCUUAGCAGACGAAGCUCGUAUGGACGCGGCGUUCCUCGACAUCGUCUCCGAGCUGGACUCCAUGAUGGCCGAAGGUGAAGGCUCUCGCGUUCACACGCCUCGGUCACCGCCUGACUUUGAUGCCGUGUCGUUAUCAGAUCUGGUCGUCCACGUUGAUCCCGAAUCAGCCGGAGAGCAGCAGCAUGGCGCCGCAGAUGUACCGGAGACCUCCUGUGAAUCUGUGAAGCGGAAACGUCCCAUUAGCUUAGCGACGUCCAGUCCCUCCAAACUGUCCAGGAUUAAAUAGUUUCACACCUGGGGGGGAAAAAACCCCCCAAAACAAGUUCCCUCCAAUCUGUACAGCAUGACUCACUCUGCAUUCAUGUAUGCAUGUCGAAUAUUUAGUCAGAUGAGCUAACACGACAGGAUUUCUGUCACGUUCAUAAUCUGAACUCUUAACGAUUUAUAAGAACUGUUCAUAAUCUUCAGUUUGCUAACCUGCCAGGAUUUCUUAGAGGAUUUAAUAUUCAUAAUCAUCAACGCCAACGCUAGUUAGCCAGCUAACAUGAGACACGAGGCUCUCCGAUCUGGGAUCGUUUAGUCAGACUGAUUCUUUAUAAAUACGUCCUACUUUUACAGAAUCAGGUCAUUUGUCAUUGAUUAGCAGACGACCAAUCGCGGACCUUCUCCCGCUAGCUCAUCAUCAAACACGCACGAUCUCCUCUAGUCUUCUCACCACUAAUCAUUUUUAACGGCGGGAGGUUUUUCCGGGACCCCCUUUUCAGUCCGGUGACUCGGAAAUGCUCAUUGUGUUCUCCUGGGAGUGUCUUAUACGUGGGAAAGCAGAGAGCCAAUCAGAUCGCAGCGUUCAGUGUUCUGAAGCAUGUGGCCAGAAAAGUGUACAAAGGAAGGACGUGAGCUCUGUAUAAAAUGGGCGGAGCCUCCAUGGAUGAGAUUAGUGCCAGUUUAGGUUUAUAGUGCAGUUAUUUUCAUUUUUAGGUUAUUUUAUUUGCUUUUAAACACCGUGUAAUGUUUUUCUCAAGUUACCUCAAGAUUCUUUUACGCCAGUGACCGACUCUACUCUCUCAGGUAACAAGUAUCUGUUUAAAUCUAUUUAUUUCCUCCUGUUCUUUUGUUAUUAUUAUUAUAUAUUUUUUUCUAGUAUAUUGGUAUAUUUUUUGCGCUGUAUUAUCCUCCCCUAAAGGCAGCUCCGUUCAUGUUAAAUAAUGAGAGUUCCUAGUCUCUCAUGUUAAUCCUACAGUAGUCCAGGCCACCAUGUUGUCAAUGAUUUUACUGCUAUAUCUUUUUAGCCAACUGUGGAAGUUGUUAUUACACCUCAAGAUUAAAUUUUUGUAAAUCAUCCACAGUCAAAACUUGUACUAAAUAAAAUGUUUGAUGAAA